UAUCAAUUGAAUUGCAAACACAUAUACAGUAAUUGUUUAAAUGACUCAUAAAUAUGACAUAAAUUAAUGCCAAAUGAAAUGUUUAAAUGAUUUAUUAAUUAUAAGAUAUAUUAAGUUAUUAUUAAUUUGAAUCAAGUGUUUGAAUGUUUGUCAUAACUAUAUAUGACUUAUAAUCCGGUGAUCCCGUACUGCGAUCGCAUCGGUUAUCCGCUAAACAUCGGAACAUUGGUGCGAAUCAGCGGCACAUCUCACCCAACGGCCCGAUGUUUUGCAAUCAAUUUUCAAUGCGGACCAUCAAUCAACCCGCGUGACGAUCUCGCGCUACACUUAAGUCCAGUCUUUACAGCCCCGCCACGAGUAGUCAGAAAUUCAUUGCAAGGCCAGCGAUGGGGUCCUGAAGAGAGUUUCGGUGGUUUUCCGUUUAUCGGUGGCCAACCAUUUGAAUUGUUAAUAUUAGUAGAAAGCGAUAACUUUAAAAUUGCAAUCAAUGGACAACAUUUUACUGAAUUUCGACACCGCCUACCAUUAAACCGUAUCAGUCAUCUGUCCAUUGAUGGCGAUGUGAGUAUUGCUUCAAUCAUAUAUGAGUUGACACAACCAACAUACGCACCUCCGUCUGCACCGAUUGCGCCCAUACCUCCAUAUCCUGCCGGUGGAAGCGGACAUUAUGUUCCUCCACCAGUACCUGGAUAUGCUACGGGAUAUCCGCCACAAUCUUCAUAUCCACCUAAUCCUCCAGUUUAUCCAACUGGUGGUUAUCCAACUGGUGGUUAUCCAACAGCCGGUUAUCCAACUGCUGGUUAUCCAACAGCUGGUUAUGCACCACAAGGAUAUCCGCAUUCUCCUAACAAUCCAAAUAAAGGCAUAUUAGGUGGAUUAGGAGGUGCUUUGGGUGGUUUGACUGCCGGUGCUGCUGCAUCUUCUAUUGGAUCAGCAAUCCUUGGUAAAGGUAAACAUCACGGCAUCGGCGGACAUCAUUCGAAGCAUUCAAGCCCUAUACCAAUUGCAGGAUUGGCUGCUGGUGCCGGUGCUGCUGCACUGGGAGCUGCUGUUCUUACAGGACAUCAUCCCUUUAAAAAGGCAAAGAAAAUGUUUAAACACAAAGGUUUUAAACAUAAAUGGCAUAAACCAAAGUUUGGGAAAUGGAAACACAAGGGUUGGAGCAGUGGUAGCAGUUCUAGUGAAUGAUUAACAAUUAAAUUAACAAUUGUUAGUUUAAAUAUAUUUAUCGGUAAUUUAUAGCACAUUACCAUAAGUUGCAAACAUAUAUCGGUAAACUGAUGCUUACAAUAAUGUGUGUUAUUUAAUUUAUGUGACAUCAAAACAAUAGGAUUAAGAUUUCCACAAUAUAUC